AUGUCCCCUUCCACCAAAUACCGCUACGCCCUCGCGGCCCUCUUCACCACCGGAGCGCUGGCCGCUCCAGCGCCCCAGUUCUGGCCUCCCCAGUGGUUCCCACAGGCACAGGCACAAGGUCAGGGUCAGGGCCAGAUCACAACCCAAGCCCCAACCGAAGCAGCCAGCACAAGCACCCUCUCCACCGCAAACUUCGCCGCCGCAACCACAACUCCCACCGUCGCAACUUCCAGCACCCCCAGCAGCUCAUCCUCCAACUCAAACGAACCCAGCGAAUUCACAGCCAACCCCUCCAUCGGCGGCGGCGGCACAACCUACACCGACUCCGCGCGCUUCCGCAUCUACGGCGCCACCGGGUCCUCCGCCGACGCAGCCCUCCAAAUGCUCGAGGCCGCAUACACCUGCUUCGUGACCGACCUGGGCUGGCGCUCCUCAGGCCUAAGCUACAACUCCGACGCCGACACCGCAGCCACCUGGUACAAGGAGAACGUGUACAGUGUCUCUUCUCUCGACGGGAACGCCGCAGGCGUGAUGAACUCAGAUAUGAGCAGCGGCUACAGCUACGUCAACGUGGUAAACACAUACCUCACAGACCCCAGCGUGACAGUCCACGAAUACGGACACGCGCUCACCUACCACGUGGGCAACUGGGUGGACCAGACGUACACGGGCGCGUGGUGGGAGCCGCUGGCGAACUGGUUCGCGGAUACGUUCAUGACGAGCGAGCUGUGUGCGCGUGCGCGCGCGGAAUACGGGCAGAGCGCCGGGACAAGCGUCAUUGAGCUCGCGAAGGUCGUUGGUGACAGCUACCAGGUUAUUGUUGACGGGUCCACCGACACAGGCAAUUACUACCAGGCGUGGCCGCUGCUGACGUACAUGACCAACAACCCGGAUAACUUCACGGGACUGGGGACCGACGCCGUCCUCCAGCUGAACAGGCAGUAUGAGGUUGGGAGCAACGAGACGCCCCUGCAUACGUUGCAGCGCUUGCUGGGGGAUACGCCGAUCGGCAGUGUGAUUGGGCGGUAUUGGGCGCAUAUGGCGUAUGUGGAUAUCAGCGAGGCGGCGAAUGAGGUUUUCUUGCAGCAGCGCGACACCCUCACUUAUGGGAAUCUUGAAUCUUCGGGGUCGGGGAGCUACAAGGUUAAGAGCGCGCGGCAGCCGCAGUAUUUCGGGGCGAACAUUAACCCGCUUACGCUUGAGGGGUCGGGGAGUGUGAGUGUGGAGGUUUCGUCUGAUGCGGCGUUUACGGCGACAAUGGCGAUUCGCAAUACGGACUCGGGGGUGGUGCGGUAUGUUGAUUUGGAGGGUGGGAAGGGCGAGGUCACGGUGGGCGAGAGCGAGGAGGCGAGUCUUGUUGUGGUGAACACGCCCGAGGAGCUCAUUCAGUAUAACCCGUUUGAGCUGAGCAGUGAGGUGCAGGUUGGGCUGGACUAUUCGGUUACGGUUACUGGGGCGAGCUUUUAG